AUGGCGAUCAAGCACAACAACCAGCUUCAGAAGCACCACUUCCACAAGGACUGGCAGCGUCGUGUUCGCGUGCACUUCGAGCAGGCCGGUCGCAAGCACAGCCGUCGUGAGGCCCGUCUCGCAAAGGCUGCCGCUGUUGCUCCCCGUCCGGUUGACAAGCUCCGCCCCGUUGUGCGAUGCCCUACCAUCAAGUACAACCGCCGUGUCCGAGCCGGUCGUGGUUUCACCCUUGCUGAGCUGAAGGAAGCCGGUAUCCCCAAGAAGCUCGCCCCCACCAUCGGUAUCGCCGUUGACCACCGCCGCAACAACUACUCCAAGGAGUCUCUCGUCGCCAAUGUCGCCCGCCUCAAGGACUACAAGGCCCGCCUGAUCCUCUUCCCCCGCAAGAGCGGUCAGUUCAAGAGCCUUGACUCCUCCGCCGACGAGGUCAACGCCGCCAAGGCUGCCUUUGCCGCUGAGGGCCAGACCCAGGGCUACGCCACCAAGGUUGGCUCUCUUCUGCCCAUCAAGAACACCAGCGCCGCCGAGGCCGUCACUGAGGUCAAGCGCGACGACCUCCCCAAGGGUGAGGAGGCUGCAUACCGCCGGCUGCGGGAAUCCCGCGCCGAGGCCCGCUACCAGGGUGCUCGGGAGAAGCGUGCCAAGGCCAAGGCUGAGGAGGAGUCUGCCGCUAAGAAAUAA